AUGUCUUACUACGAAGAUGGUCGGUAUGACGAUCGUCGUCGCCGCAAACAUCAAGAUCGAGACCCGCCGAGAUAUGAAGAAGAGGAGAUCAUAGCAGCUCGCCGUGCGCCGAAGGGAUCAGGCUCCUCACGAGAUAAGGCUGUCAUUCCACGCGGAGAUAGUAGUGACAGCUCAGUUGAAGAAGUGCGUAGAGACUUUCCACCUUAUGGCUCUCGACGAGACUACCCACCUAGACGAGCGAAGUCAGCGCGAGACUCUAAGCGAAGCGGUCGACAUGAUGAUGACUACUAUGACGACUAUGACGACAGAAAGCAUCGUGGUAGCAAACGUGAAAAGCGUCGCCGUUAUGACUCCUCGAGCUCGAGCUCUCCUAGCCCACGGCGAGACCGCCGCCGCAAAUCAGGAGCUGAACAAGCCUUGGGCGCUUUGGGUAUCGGGGGAGCUGGUGGUGCUGCGCUUGCUUCCGCUGCCACAGCCUUGACUGGUAGAAGCAAGUCGGAAGACAGAGGCGAGAAAUCCCGGCGUAAACGUCGCUCACGACGUCAUUCAGACUCUUCAUCCUCAUCUUCCUCAAGGUCUAGAUCCCGAGGACGGCACAAGAAAAACCAGGACCCUCGAGAAAUGCUGAUCAAGGCUGCCAAGGCUGCUGCAAUUGCUGGCGGUACUGAAGCCUGGCGUAUGCGAAAAGAACCGGGUGACUGGAAGGGACCCAAGGGUCGACGCGUCCUGACUGCUGCAGCCGGUGCGGCUGGCGUCAACGGACUAUUGGGUGCAGGCGAUAAGAAAGGAGACGGUGGAAAUACUAUUCAGUCCGUCAUUGGCGGGCUCGCCGGCAACCGGCUCUUGAAUGGUUCCCGCAAAGAAGAAAGAUCACGCUCGCGCUCUCGCGGACGAGACAGAAGCGAAAGCAGGGGAGGUGGAGGCCUUGGCAGCCUCGCGGGCGCUGGUGCACUCGCAGCAGCCGCGGCCAAGGCUUUCCAGAAUCGGGGCGGAUCAAGAGGAAGGAGGGAUUAUAGCAGCUCCAGUGAUGAUAGCAGAUAUAAGAAGGGGAGUAGGCGGUCCAAAAGCGUGAGUGAAUACAUGAGGCAAGGUAUGGCAAAAAUUGGAUUAGGAGGUAACGAAGAUAAAAGGGACACUACUAGUCGCGGCUCCAGCCGUGAUAUAGGAACCGACGCCCAGCACCUCCCAGUAUCGAGAACGGUAGGUGGCGAAGGUGCCGGCACUGGGCACCCCGGCCUUACCAGCAGCAGUUCGGACGACGACAUCUCCUCAUCGGAAGAGGAACGCGAGAAGAAGAAAAUGGGAAGAAAACGACUUAUAACGGCAGGUCUUGCAUCUGUAGCGACGAUUCAUGCAGCUCACCAUGUUUACGGUACGAUGCACAUGCAAAAUAAAUUGGACGAAGAUGUGGCGGAGGGCGAGAUCAGUCCUGAAAAGGCGAAAAAGAAACGAAACAAGGCUCGGAUGAGGCGAGCUGCGGCGGUGGGAGUGGCAGCACUAGGGGUGAAGGGUGCCUACAGCGAAUGGAAAGAGAUGAAAGAGCAAAGAGAGGAAGCAGCCGAAUUCAAACAGAAGAUGCAACGGCGUCGCGAGCGGAGGCUACUGAAGCAGCACGAACACGAUUCGACGCCUUCGACUCCAGUGAGCGGGUCUAUCCAUUCAGUCCCUUCAGACCAUGUACCUCAAAUCUAUCAAGGAAGACCAAAUGGCCCCAGCGUCCCGCAUCAGGGCUUACACGGAGAAUAUCGCAGCAACGCUCCAGAUCUGGCCGCUCAUCCGAAUGCUGGCUACCCAGAUGGACCGCAAAUCUACAACGAUGACAAUCCGUACCAUACCGCAACACCUAAUCUAGCUCCAACGUCGAUUCCACGAUAA